CGGCCGGACGGCCGGGAGGAGGGCGUGCGGGCGGACCUGCGGGGCGGCUGGCGGGCCGGACGCUGUGCCCGGGCCGCGGCGGCGAUGGGGGGCGGCCCGGGCAGCCCCGGCGGCCCCGGCGAUGGGGAUAGGGACGGGGACGGGGGCGGAGUCGGGGGCGCCGAGGACACCGCCCCCCUACGCCGGCGGAGCCGCCGCCCGAGUGCGGACCGGGGAGCUCGAGGCGGCUGCGGCGCGCGGGACCCAGAGGACGCGGCCAUGCCGGGCAGGGCCGAGGCGGGGGAGGCCGAGGAGGAGGCCGGAGCCGGCUCGGGGUCCGAGGCGGAGGAGGACGCGCUGUGGGAGCGGAUCGAGGGCGUCCGGCACCGGCUGACGCGCGCCCUGAACCCGGCCAAGCUCACGCCGUAUCUGCGCCAAUGCCGGGUCAUCGACGAGCAGGACGAAGAGGAGGUGCUGAGCACCUACCGCUUCCCGUGCCGCGUCAACCGCACCGGGCGUCUGAUGGACAUCUUGCGCUGCCGUGGCAAGAGGGGCUACGAGGCCUUCCUGGAGGCCCUGGAGUUCUACUACCCGGAGCACUUCACACUGCUCACCGGCCAGGAGCCUGCCCAGCGCUGCUCCAUGAUCCUGGACGAGGAGGGGCCUGAGGGCCUCACCCAGUUCCUGAUGACAGAGGUGCGGAGACUGCGGGACGCCCGCAAGAGCCAGCUGCAGCGGGAGCAGCAGCUGCAGGCUCGCGGCCGGGCGCUGGAGGAGGAGCGGGCGCGGCUGGAGCAGCGGCUGCGGGAGCAGCAGCAGGCGCAGGAGCGUUGCCAGCGGCUCCGGGAGGACUGGGAGGCGGGCAGCCUGGAGCUGCUGCGCCUCAAGGACGAGAACUACAUGAUCGCCAUGCGCCUGGCCCAGCUCAGCGAGGAGAAGAAUUCCGCGGUGCUCCGGAGCCGGGACCUGCAGCUGGCGGUGGACCAGCUCAAGCUCAAGGUGAGCCGGCUGGAGGAAGAGUGCACCCUGCUGCGGAGGGCCAGGGGCCCCCACGCCGGGAGCGAGGAGAAGGAGAGAGAGAAGGAGCCGGACAGCGUGGACCUCGUCUCCGAGCUGCGCGCCGAGAACCAGCGGCUGACGGCGUCCCUGCAGGAGCUGCAGCAGGGCCUGCAGCAGGUGGGCCCUGGGCCAGCUGCUGAGGCAGUCCUGAACCCCGAUCCCCAGGAGGCGAGCCGGCCGGGGGCCCCAGGCUCCGAGCGCAUCCUGCUGGACAUCCUGGAACACGACUGGCGGGAGGCGCAGGACAGCAGGCAGGAGCUGUGCCAGAAGCUGCUGGCCGUGCAGGGGGAGCUGCAGUGGGCCGAGGAGCUGCGGGACAAGUACCUGCAGGAGAUGGAGGACCUGCGGCUGAAGCACCGCACGCUGCAGAAAGACUGUGACCUGUACAAGCACCGCAUGGCCACUGUCCUGGCGCAGCUGGAGGAGAUUGAGAAGGAGCGGGACCAGGCCAUCCAGAGCCGCGACCGCAUCCAGCUGCAGUACUCCCAGAGCCUCAUUGAGAAGGACCAGUACCGCAAGCAGGUGCGGGGCCUGGAGGCCGAGCGGGACGAGCUGCUGACCACGCUCACCAGCCUGGAGGGCGCCAAGGCCCUGCUCGAGGCUCAGCUGCAGCGGGCCCAGGGCGGGUCCUGCCUCAAGGCCUGCGCCUCCUCCCAUUCCCUGUGCUCCAACCUCAGCAGCACCUGGAGCCUCAGUGAGUUCCCCUCCCCGCUAGGAGUUCCGGAAGCAGCUGGGGACGCGGCCGGCACAGGCGGCUCUGAGCCCCUCACCUCGGAGGAAGCCACCGACAGCGAGAAGGAGAUCAACCGGCUCUCCAUCCUGCCCUUCCCCCCCAGUGCCGGCUCCAUCCUCCGGCGGCAGCGCGAGGAGGACCCCGCGCCCCCUAAGAGGUCCUUUAGCAGCAUGUCGGACAUCACAGGUGACAGCGCCGGCGACGCCACGGAGGAGGGGAGGGACUGUGCAGCCAGCCUGCCUGGGGCCUGUGGCACCUGCUCUGCCCUUGGGAGUGUGACGCUGAAGCCCUGGUCCCCCGGCCUCUCCUCGUCGUCGUCUUCUGACAGCGUGUGGCCUCUGGGAAAGCCGGAAGGCCCCGCGACCCGGGGCUGCGGCCUGGACCUCAUCAACAGGUCUCUGGCCAUCCGGGUGUCUGGCUGGAGCCCCCCAGGGGGCCCAGAGUCCCCAGACAGGGGCCCAGACUGCCUAUCACUGCUUGGGGACAGAUGGUCUGGGGCAGUGGUACGCAGGGUGCUGUCUGGGCCUGGGUCUGCCAGGACCGAACCAAGAGAGCUGAGGGCGGAGGCCGCUGGCCAGGAGGGGGCGUGCCUGGAGGCCGAGUCCCAGCAGAGAACCUUGCCCUGGAGCCAGGGGUCCACACUGCCCUUCCUGGGGGACUCCAAGGCUUGCCAGUCCUUCCAUGAGGCCCUGGAUGCCUGGGCGAAGGGGCCGGGGGCUGAGCCCUUCUACAUCCGAGCCAACCUCACCCUGCCCGAGCGGGCUGACCCGCACGCCCUGUGCGUGAAGGCGCAGGAGAUCCUGCGGCUGGUGGACCCAGCCUACAAGCGCCGGCAGGAGUGGUUCUGCACCCGCGUGGACCCCCUCACGCUGCGGGACCUGGACCGGGGCACCGUGCCCAACUACCAGAGAGCCCAGCAGCUCCUGGAAGUCCAGGAGAAGUGCCUGCCCUCCAGCCGCCACCGAAGCCCCCGCAAUAACCUGAAGAAGCGAGCCCUGGACCAGCUGCGGCUGGUGAGGCCCAAGCCGGUGGGGGGUCCCGCAGGAGACUGCCCGGAACAGCUGCUGGUGGAGCCCUGCUCAGAGCCAGAGCGCAGCCUCAAACCCUACAGCCUGGUGCGGCCACUGCUGGUGUCCGCCCUGCGGCCUGUGGUGCUGCUGCCCGAGUGCCUGGCGCCCCGGCUCAUCCGCAACCUGCUUGACCUGCCCAGCUCCCGGCUGGACUUCCAAGUGUGCCCUGCGGAAAGCCUCUCCGGGGAUGAGCAGUGCACACCAUCGGCGCCUGGAGCCCCCAAGGCCCGGCCUGCCACCCCUGGGCUGGGCAGCAGGAUCCGUGCCAUCCAGGAGUCUGUCGGGAAGCAGAAGCACUGCCUGUUGGAGCUGGGCGCCCGGGGCGUGCGGGAACUGGUUCACAAUGACAUCUACCCCAUCGUCAUCCACGUGGAGGUCACCGAGAAGAACAUCCGGGAAGUCAGGGGUCUGCUGGGCCGGCCGGGCUGGCGUGACUCGGAGCUGCUGCGGCAGUGCCGCGGCUCGGAGCAGGUGCUCUGGGGACUGCCUUGCUCCUGGGUGCAGGUGCCCGCCCACGCGUGGGCCCACGCCGAGGAGCUGGCCAAGGUGGUUCGCGGCCGCAUCCUGCAGGAGCAGGCCCGCCUCGUGUGGGUGGAGCGUGGCAGCAGCCGCGGCUGUCAGAGCAGCAGCGAGGCCUGAUGGAGGGACGGCUGCCGCCUGUGGCUUCCUCUCGCCCACAGAAGCUGCCAGCCUACGGGGAGCCCGGGGUCAGCCGUGGACCCUUGCACCGGCAGACGUGGGACCCCGGGCUCUGGGCCCUGAAAUCUGAGUUGACCCGAGGCCCUGGGGAGCCUGUGGCACACAGGACCCCACACUUGCUGCUCUGUGUGGGCUGGGGCCUGACCUUGACCCUCACCAUGGAGUUGAGUUCUCCCCCCGGUGCACAGGUUUGCACACACAAGUUCUCAUGCAGGCUCAGGUUCAGUCCCUCCACUGAGUCCCCAGCCUGUUCCUGCCGGGGCCUGGAGCCUGGAGCCCAGAGCUCAGCACCACGUGGUUUCUGUUACGUAUCUCGUGUGACCUGCGCACCGGCACUUCGGGGCUGCCUUCUCUCUGUCUGUGCCCCGUCUCCUCACCUCACUGGUGUGUCUGUGGUUCUUCCCUGUGCAAAUGUCAAGCUCCUGGCCCGAGAUACUCGGGCACUGACAGCCGUGUGUUCCCGGUGAGCACACGUCAUGGUGUGCGCUCCCUGUCCCACCCCCAGACGCUCGGUGGUGUGUGGUUCACUCGCCGGUCUUUUCCACUGAGAACACUAAGGACCAUUAAACUCCAUUUGUCAUAGA